ACAAAAAAAAUAGCAAACGUAAUAACAGACUAACUGAUGCGUGAAAUUAGAUGUUUUCCAAUAAAAUAAAUAUUAAAAUAUCGAAAUUUCGAAAUUUCAAAAUAUUCGGUUAAAGAGCGCAAAGUGUUAGUACGAAACACAUAUAUCUGUCUAAUCUUCAUUUCUUCGUGGAUAUUGAUAUAAAGUUAUGAGAUUAGUCGUUGAAAUGUCGCGAAAGUGGCUCGACACAUUUGUUCCUCUAAAAUGAAGCGAGUAACAUCGCUCAAGAUGAGCUCAAAUCAAAAGUUGCACAUUUCGACGCGACUGAAUUUUUGACGGCGUGAAUAAUUUUCAAACCGAUAGUGAAAUUAAUCGAGAAAUUCCUAACGAAGAUGAAAUUUGCGUCGCCGACCAGUAUCCAGCAGGUGAAAAAUUCGAUGGCGUUAAUGAUAGGAACGUUAUUUCUGCUGAUAUUUGAAUCGUAUGGGUAUUCUCAGGAAUCGACAAUUCAAUUGAAGUUCAAUGAAGAAUUACUCAGAGCAGUCCCAACUUGCGGGAAAGGAACUUUCUGCGAAACUAUUCCGCAUUAUCCGCAAGACUUGGUUGCGGCCGCGUUGGCAAAAAAUCCUCACCUUAAAUUGUACGGGUACAGCGAUGAGAUGGAUACCCCUCCGCGAGUGGAAGGGCCCGAAGAAGAGCCGCUCUGUGUGUCUGUGGAACAAGUUGUAUUUCCCAAAUCCGGUGUCACUAAAAAUAACCAAUGGAAGUACAUCGUGAAUCACGAAGAGUUGAAACAAAGCGUACGCAUCGAGACAUGCUUAGAAGAAGACAAACCGUGCAGAGUAAUCGAGGGAUUCGCCGAGGGUUACGUGACAAAGUGCAAGCAGAAGUACAUCUAUCGUCAACUUUUGUCGUUGGGAUCGGAUGGCUUGAUGAGCCAGGAUUCGUUCCGAUUUCCGGCGAACUGCUGCUGUCACAUUGAAUUUCUGGGUGACAAAUUCUUGAAAAAGUAGGACUAUGAUGGUUCAUUCGAACAUCUACACGUAUUAUUUGAAUAUUAAGAUUAAUACUGAUGUAUGAUGUAUACGAAAUGGAAAUAAACGUAUAUAUUUCGAGUAAUACACAGAUUUAAGUCGUAGAGAAGUGAUCGCAAGUAAAUUUUUCCUUUUGGUACUAGA